AUUCUUAGUGGCUGUGGUGUGAAGAUAGAUUGGAGCUGUCAGGACAGCAGGUGGGUAUUCUGACUGCAGUGGCAGAAGAUCAAGGAUGGUGGGCUCAAGGGGUACUUGAGGGAGGAGGCAGCCAAGAGUAGAGAGAAACGGAACAAUUAAGGAAAUACCUGGGAGGCAGAACUAGUAGGAUGCGGUGAUCUCUUGGUUUGAAGCAGGGAGUUGGCAGAUGAUGUCAAUGCUCCCCCUGUGUGCGCUUGGAUCCCUUUACCAAGUUCAUGCUGUGUUUUCACUUCCAAUAGCCAACACCUGCAAGGAGAGCCAGACUAUCUGGGAUUCACAUCGCCAUGGGGAGAGACAGAGCAAAUGGCUUCUGGCGCAGAAGUAUAACUCCUCCCAGCUUCCUUGACCCUGGUCCAGACUGCUCUCAGAGGAUGGCAUUCCCUGUGGAUAUGCUGGAUAAUUGCAGUCACGAGGAAUUGGAAAAUUCUGCUGAAGAUUACAUGUCAGAUCUAAGGUGUGGAGACCCUGAAAAUCCUGAGUGUUUUUCUCUUCUCAAUAUUACGAUUCCUAUUAGCCUGUCAAAUGUAGGCUUUGUACCUCUUUAUGGUGGAGAUCAGACCCAGAAAAUUCUUGCUCUUUUUGCUCCUGAGGACUCACUCACAGCUGUGGCCCUUUACCUUGCUGAUCAGUGGUGGGCUAUUGAUGAUAUUGUGAAAACAUCUGUCCCUUCUAGAGAGGGGCUUAAGCAGGUGAGAACUCUCGGGGAGAGAGUGGUUCUCUAUGUUCUGAAUCGAAUUAUUUAUAGAAAGCAGGAAAUGGAGAGGAAUGAGAUCCCAUUCCUGUGUCAUAGCAGUACUGAUUAUGCUAAGAUUCUGUGGAAGAAAGGAGAGGCCAUUGGGUUUUAUUCAGUUAAGCCUACAGGCAGCAUAUGUACCUCAUUUCUUACCCAAAGCUACCAACUGCCAGUUCUCGAUACAAUGUUUGUAAGAAAGAAAUACCGAGGCAAAGAUUUUGGGCUUCACAUGCUGGAGGACUUUGUUGAUUCCUUUACAGAAGACGCACUUGGCUUGCGGUAUCCACUGACCUCUCUGAUGUACACAGCUUGCAAGCAGUAUUUUGAAAAGUAUCCUGGGGACCAUGAGCUCCUUUGGGAGGUUGAAGGUGUUGGACAUUGGUACCAGCGAAUACCAGUCACCAGAGCAUUACAAAGAGAAGCGCUUAAAAUUACGGCUGUUUCUCAAAAUGAAGCUAAAAGACCUAUGUCUGGAGAAUACGGUCUUGCAUCUGUUCCAGAAUUUGAAGCCGGAACUGAAGAUAAUCAGUCUAGUGAGAUGCAGCUAACUAUUGAUUCUCUAAAAGAUGCCUUUGCAAGCACUUCUGAAGGUCAUGAUAAGACACCUGUUUCCACUCGUGCUCGAAGUAGUCAUCUAAAGCGGCCAAAGAUUGGAAAGCGGUUUCAGGACUCUGAAUUUAGUAGUUCGCAAGCAGAAGAUGAAAGGACUCACCAGACUUCACCUACAGCUUCAGUAAACAAAUUGGAGUCUACUGCACAUACAUCAGAGAGCUCAGAAGAAUUCUUGGAAGAGGGACCUGAACAGAAUGUGAUGGAAUUUGCAGAUGGAAGUAGUGAUAAAGACGUUCGGCCAGCACCAGAAACCCAGCCACGCCUGGAAAAGCAAGAUGGUGAAAAGGAAUCUGAAUUAGAGCCCGUGAAUGGUGAGAUAAUGGAUGAUACUCUUAAAACUUCACUUAUGCCAGAAGAGGAGGACUCCACUAGUGAAGUUUUAGAUGAAGAAUUAAAAUUGCAGUCUUUUAAUUCCAGUGAAGAUUCUACAAAUCUUGUUCCACUGGUGGUAGAAUCUUCAAACCCCCCUGAGGCUGCUACUCAGGAUAAGACUUCACGUAUAACUGACUCAGAAACCUUGCUAGACGAAGGCCCAUCUGAUGAAAAAGGGCACACUGAGGAGAAGCUGCCUCUAGUUUCAAGAAAGAAAGCUCACUUUGGCAGUUCAGACAACGCUGCUACUAUCCCAAAUGAAGAACGGUCCGACAGUGGUUUUCCAAACUCUGUGGUCACUGAAUUUUCUGAAGAAUCGAUCUCUGAAAAUGUGUCACCCAACACUACUUCCUCAUUGGAAGACCAGGGUGAGGAGGGGGUCCCUGAGCCCCAGGAAACGUCUCCGGCUCUCCCGCAGAGUUCUUUGAUAGAGGUUGAACUUGAGGAUGUGCCAUUUUCACAGAACGCCGGACAGAAGAACCAGUCAGAGGAGCAGUCCGAAGCAUCUUCUGAGCAACUGGAUCAGUUUACACCAUCAGCAGAGAAAACUGUGGAUAGCAGCUCAGAGGAGAUAGAAGUGGAGGUGCCUGUCGUGGACCGGCGGAAUUUAAGAAGAAAGGCCAAAGGGCACAAAGGACCUGCAAAGAAGAAAGCCAAGCUGACCUGAAUAAAGAAGAAAUGCAGAUGAAAAAGCCUCUUCUUUGUUACCUUUCAUCCACUUCCCUAACUCAUGGAGUGAUUCCUGUCUGAAGAUCUGCUUGCCUGCCUGCCUGCCUGCCUGCCUGCCUGCCUGCCAGCUUAUGUCCUUGGCUUUCAUUUUUGGUAGGUUUGGAACUGCGCCCCACAAUCUUAGACUGAGACGGCAGGGAUAAGCUACUCUAGGAACCGCAGUUAUGAGAACUUAAGUCAGAUCAGAGCUUCGUUUGUCCCUUCGGGCUUACUCCCUCUUGAUUUGUUCUGUGAGGGCAGGUUACAAGCAAGCUAGCCUCUGUGUGUACAUUGAGUUGCCAGAACAAAGGGCUUUGCCUGGGAAAACUGAAAGCAAAAAAUAAACCCCAAAACCCCCAAUUGUUUUUUUUUCUUUUUUUUUUUGUUGUUGUUGAAGUAAUUUAUUUAAAAAUGAACAAAAUGGUUAUUCUUAUGAUCCAAAGAGAAUCUUGAAACAAUCCUACUUUUUAGACCUAUUGUAUGUACUCAGAUUUUCACUUAAGUUUGAGAAUGCUUUGAGAUCAUUUAGGUUGUUUUUAAAACUGCUUGGUCCUUAAAUGAAAAAAAUGUGUUGUGACUUUGUGUCAUUAUUUGAGGUGCUAAGGAUUGACGUUGAAAGUUUAUUCAGUCUACUGUCAGGUGACGUUGUUAAAUUUUAUUUUGGGAUGUUGGCAUUUCAGAAAGAUUUAAAGUUGAGAUGAAAUCUUUAGCAGGCAAAAUAGCAAACCCUCCUUAUUCAUGUAGAAUUUUU